AUGGCGGGGAAGGGGGACGAGGACGCCGGGGCCGCGGCUGCGGCCGGCCUGCUGGAGGCUGUCUUGGGCUCCUUGUACGAUUUGGGUGAAUCACUACAUGAGGGAAACAAGAAGAAAAGGUGCAAAAAGAAAAAAUCGCAGGAGAAGUUAGGAAUAAAACCCAACAAUGCUUUCCCAGAGGAUGACAGCAUGAAACGUGAAUACAGCACAGUAACGGCAGGCAAGAGACAAAGUGCCUCCAGCUUCUUUGAAAAUUUGAAAAAUGAACUGGAUUGUGAUUGUAUUAAUAUGAAAAGGCCUUUCCAAGAAUUGAGUGCCUCUGAUGUCCCUCCUAAACUUGCCCAUCCUGAAAAAACUGCAGAGAUAGAAGUUGUUAACUUCCAUGGUUACAAGAGAAAGAAGAAACCAAAACUUGAAAUUUCUGAAGAUUGUGGCUCCAAGGCAAAGAAGACUAUUCAAGAAAAGGAUGUGGAUAGCCAAGAUUUUAAUCUGGAAAAAGCCCGUUUGGAAGUGCACCGGUUUGGAAUCACUGGAUUUGAGAAGAAAGAACAGCGGGUUUUGGAACAAGAACGUGCCAUUAUGUUAGGAGCAAAGCCUCCCAAAAAGGAAUAUUUGAACUACAAGAUUCUCCAAGAAAAAAUCAAGGAGAAGAAAGCAGUCAAGAAGGAAGAAAGCACAGUGGAAAACAAACCUGAUUCCCUCAAGAGGAGGAAGAAAAAAGGACAGGAGUCCAGCAGAAAAUCCAAAAAGAAGGCAAAGCCCAGCAUUCUGCCAACAGGGCAAGUUGGAAAAUUUAAAAACGGGACCCUUAUUCUUCGCAGCUGUGACAUCAAGAAAAUCAAAUCUUCCAAACUGAUUAAAUGACAUCCCUGAAUCAUGUUUGCACAGAAAAUGAGAUGAAUGAACUUUGUGGCCAAAAUCCUUUUUUAAAAGCUUUCAUUUAAUUUGUGUAAACCCUGAUUUCUCAUCAGUUGCUCUACUGUGUAGAUAAGU